AGAACAUACAAAAUGGCAUCAAUGCUGCUUAGUCGGCAGCUGAGCUGUUGUCUGCAGCAGAACGCCAGGCUGCUCAUAUUUGGGCAUAGAUAUAUCAGUCAAGCUGCAGCUAAAAUUGAUGUGGAUUUUGAUUAUGAUGGACCUCUAAUGAAGACAGAAGUUCCUGGACCACGAUCUCGGGAAUUAAUGAAGCAGCUGAAUGGAAUUCAGAAUGCCGAAGCUGUGCACUUCUUCUGCAACUACGAAGAGAGCCGAGGGAACUACCUCGUGGAUGUGGAUGGCAAUCGCAUGCUGGAUCUCUACUCUCAGAUUUCAUCCAUCCCCAUAGGUUACAGCCAUCCAUCUCUGAUAAAGCUUCUCCAGCAGCCACAGAACCUGAGCACUUUUAUCAACAGACCUGCCCUCGGGAUUUUACCUCCGGAGAACUUUUCAGAAAGACUGAAGGAAUCUUUGUUAUCAGUGGCUCCCAAGGGUCUGCCACAGGUGAUGACCAUGGCUUGUGGAUCCUGCUCAAAUGAAAAUGCAUUUAAAUUAAUAUUUAUGUGGUACAGAAACAAGGAGAGGGGCCGUAAUAACGUCACAAAAGAGGAACUGGAAUCAUGCAUGAUUAACCAGCCCCCCGGCUGCCCCGACUAUGCCAUGCUCUCCUUCAUGGGUGGCUUCCACGGAAGGACCUUUGGUUGCUUAGCUACAACUCACUCUAAAGCAAUUCACAAACUGGACAUCCCCUCGCUGGACUGGCCUAUCGCUCCAUUUCCAAGACUAAAGUACCCUCUGGAGGAGUUUGUGAAAGAGAAUCAACAGGAAGAAGCCCGUUGUUUAGAGGAGGUGGAAGAUCUGAUUGUCAAGUACAGGAAAAAAAAGAAGAUUGUGGCUGGAAUCAUUAUAGAACCAAUACAGUCAGAGGGUGGAGACAACCAUGCCUCAGAUGACUUCUUCAGAAAGCUACGAGAUAUCGCCAGAAAGCAUGGCUGUGCGUUCUUGGUGGAUGAGGUGCAGACAGGAGGUGGCUGCACAGGAAAAUUCUGGGCACACGAGCACUGGGGCCUGGAUGAUCCAGCCGAUGUUGUAACGUUUAGUAAGAAGAUGAUGACGGGAGGAUUUUUCCACAAAGAGGAGUUCAGGCCAAAUGCUCCCUAUCGGAUUUUUAACACCUGGCUUGGAGAUCCAUCCAAGAACCUUAUGCUUGCCGAAGUCAUUAGGGUUAUUAAAAGAGAAGACCUUAUAAACAACGCAGCCCAUGCAGGAAAAGCACUACUGACUGGUCUUCUGGAUUUACAGGCUCGCUACCCCCAUCUUAUCAGUAGAGCGAGAGGAAGAGGAACGUUCUGUUCGUUUGACACUCCAAAUGAUGCAACUAGAAACAAGUUAAUUACAAUUGCAAGAAACAAAGGUGUUGUGCUGGGAGGCUGCGGUGACAGAUCGAUCCGUUUCCGUCCAACGCUGAUCUUCAAGGACCACCACGCUCACCUCUUUCUGAACAUUUUCAGCGACAUCUUGGCAAACUUCAAGUAAAAAGCAGUUCUCUCGCACGGAACAACUAACUGAUUACGAAAGUAGUUUGCAUUAAUUCACGUCUUCUCCACUUACAAGAUAAGUGUAAAGUCAUAAACCGAGGUUUGCGUUCCGUCUGUAAUCCUGCCCCAGGCAAGCUGCUCCAUGCAAAAUAGCACAGGCAGAGCCCUGGUACUGCUUGCCAGCAGGUACCUGCAGUGCUCCUGCGCUGCGCCCCUCGAGGCUGCAGCCCUCCAUCUGCAGGCCGCACAAACGGCAGAGCUCUCCCUCCACCUGCGGCCCUGACUGCUUGAUUUGUCUCAGUAGGACCUGGAACAGUCCAUCUUCACAGAUAAUCCCAGCAGUUUUACUUGUGUCCAGAAGCAGCAGCAAGUAAGGCCUAACACUUAAAUGCACUUACGAAUGCCUGCUAUGCAGAAAGAGCCACUCUAAUGACAGACAGAAUAAAAGGCAUUUCAAGGAAAGCUCUGCUUUCCACCGCUGCCAAGUACAGUAUUUAACAGAAUAAUUGCCAGCUUUAUUCCCCUAAUCACUGGUCUGCCAUACCAUGUGGAUCACAGAACUGCUCUACUCAUCCAUCAGCCUACAGGUACCACUUCAGAGGCGUAACGCACAGCCGUGUGUGCGAGGCUGAGCAGAACUGAAUCACUGUCCUUGCCCUAGAGGUUUAAACUUUUGCCUUCUCUUACAAUCAGAACUGUACAGAAAAAGCUAUACUGAAACGUUUCUAAUUUGACAAAGCUUAGAGAAUCGUGCUGAGCACCUCAUUUCCACCUCUGUCAGUGAUCUUAUAGUUAGGAUUAUUUUCCCGUUUGCCCAGAAGGCACCAUGACAGCCAUUAACUUUAGCUGUUACGAGUUCUACUUUGCUACUUGACAGUCUUGUAAAACUACAGCAGAAUUGCUUGACUGUGCAACACGAGAGCCACUAUUGUGUGGACGCACAGCAGCAGUGAAUAGUCCCAACUGCACUUGGUAAUGCAACGUAUUUCUGCUCAGAAACCUCAGUUUACAGAGGUCUUCUGGAAAGCCACAGAAUCAAAACGUGUUGUAGUUGUUCUGGACAUCUCUUUACUGUGAACUCUUUGCCGUUUGCUUCAGGCUGAUCCAAAUUAGUUCUGGUACGUUUUCCAGUUCAUUUUCUUGGCGCCUGGCUUUUCCUUACCAGGUUGAACUUUUUUUAUGUUAAGGGCCAAAAAAAAGGGACCACAUUUGACACUGCAGUCGCCCCAUUAGCAAGUCUUUAGUUAUACAGUAAAGACAGAGCAGUGAAAAGGAUUUAUACUUAAAAUUGUGCUUAAAAAAGUGCUUAAAAUUGCUGCCAAGCUGUGAAAGGUUUCUUACCUUGCUGAGUUUUAAUCGUGGUUCUCCCAUUUUCUUUAUUGAGUUCUGGUAUUGGACAACUCAACAAAACUCUCUUCCAUUAGCUUAAAAAUAAUGGGAUUUCUAUAAACCUCCCUGCAGCACCCAGAAUUCCUGUACCAGCCAGUCAGACUCUGAGCAGGUUCUCAAACAGAGGUGGUUGAAAUCUGGAGAAGGGUCUGGGGGUUGGUGUGAUCACUGUCCUCAUAAGAGUUUCAUCACCGAGAGGAAAGUCAAACUGAGAACUGCGUUUGACCACGUUCUGGGAAUUAGGUAGUUUGACAUAUCAGUACAGUAGUUUUAGCCUCCUAGCAAGUCUCGUGCUUUUACAGAAACAACGGUCCAGUAAGUUGAAGUCUUAGCACAUCUUCUCUUUUAUGAUGAGCACUCUAGAUGUUUUUAUAAUUUUUACCGACUCUCACUAACUGUAAAAUUGUGUACAACGUGCCGACGAGAUCAUGUUAGAGAAUACAUAGAAAGCACUGCAGCUGAAGCACAUGAAGUUAAUAUUGUUUACAGCAUACCGUGGACAGUGCCAAAUAAAUGUUUAAACCAAUACUUAAGUACACUUCAUGGUGGAACUAGUAAUUGUACACAAAUUCAUAACGGAAUGACGUCUCGUGUAAUCAGUAUUCUUAAAUAAAAUAUUUAUAAUUGGA